AUGAAAGGAAAGAAAAAUGUCACCGAGAAAAUUCUUGAAGAAGCCAAGCAAAGAGAGCAGAGAUGAAACGAACUAAAAUCUCUAAUGGAAAAAUACGAAAAGCCAAAAUAUAAAGAAUCCGAUUUUAAAUCAAAGCCAUUUAAUACCCAAUUGAUUGAAAAAACAAAGCCAAUAGAAGAAGAAAAAUCGGUUAAAAACACCAAUAAAGCUUUGAAAAUCACAAAGUCAGCUGCAGAGGAAAAUAAAAAAAUCAAAAAUGAUGUAAAAAGUCAAAAUAUUGUGGAAAAUUCCAAAGUGAAUGAGGUUGAACAAUUUUUGGCAUCUAUAGGAAUGGAAAAAUAUGCUAGUGCUUUUCAAGACAAUGGAAUUGAUGACCUUGAGAUCCUAUGCGAGCUCAAUGAAGCUCAUUUAGAGCAAUUAGGAGUUCCUCUUGGGCACCGUAUAAAAAUUUUAAAAAAAAUAAGAGAAAAUCUUCUUUCCAAAAGUUCUGUAAAACAGCCCCAAGCCAAGCUGGAAAUCAGGCAGGAGCCACAAAUACAAGCCUCAAAAAUAAUGGUCCAGGAAAUUAAGCCAAAAUCCAUUGUAAAAAAUUCUGAUCAAAAAUCCAGCCCACCGAAAAAUAUACAAGAAAGGUCAGGAAAAUCCGAUUUUUCAGCACAAAAUGAAGCAAUAGAUGUCCAAACUGAUUCUUAUAUCCCUCAAAGCCUCCAUGUUAUGCAUCCACGAAUGACUAAAGUGCCAAUAAUAAAUCCUCCUUCUGGACAAAAAGCAACUGUGGGAAGAGCAAUUUCUUUAUAUCAGCCUGAGAUAGCUUCCCAAGAAGCCAUCGAAGAAGAAAAAUAUGUGAAACUUUCAGAGUUAAUGCAAAAACCUCCGGAAAAUAACGAAAAAAGUGAAAUAAAGUGGGAUGGGUUUCAAGCAUAUGUGCCUUAUCAGCCAUCUCAAGAGAUCCAAGCUUUGCAGAACUCCUCGAAUAACCAAAAACAAAGGCCAGAUUCAGCCAAAAAACGUAAAUCAAACUCAGAAGUUGAGGUUGCUAAGCCAGAUCAAGAUAUCCAUGGAUGGGAUUAA